AUGGCAACGGCUUGGGUUGCUAUAAAACAUUCUGUAUCGCCACCAAAGAAGAAAUUGAGCAAAAAGGAAAAGGCCCGUUUAGAGGCAGAGCAGGCGGAAUUGUUACGCAUUGAAAUGGAGAGAGAAAAACUCAAAAAACUCGAAGAGGCCCGGCAGCGUCGCAAAAUCGAACGCGAACAGGCCAAACACCGCCUCCAAAUGGAAAUCCUGGAGAAUAAACAACGUCGUUCGCAACUUAAAAACAGUAUGGCCUUCUUCAAUCAGGUACGUCAAACUAUCGAUGGUAUAAAACGUAUGGCCAAAGAUGAAGUUGAUUGGGAGAAAUUUAUGCGUUGUAAUGGCCUACCGAAUGCCAAUAGCCCCAGUGAUUUACGUAAAUACAUCCAUCAAUGGAAAAUGGAUGUAGAGAGGAGAAAUCGCGAGUCGCGAAAUUGGUUACUGAAGACCAACGAAAGAACGUUGUUAACACAGGAUUUUACUGUGCCGGAUCUUACCAAGGCAACGUUGCGAAAACAGCAGGGUAAUUUGGGUGAUAUCUAUGCCCAGCGUGUCAAGGAGAUAUUGGGAAUCCUCCAAGAACUCAAUGAUGCUCUCAAUGACAAGACCAAACCUCAGCAUACCCUAACCGAUCUGGGUAAACUGAAGACAGAAAUACGAAUUUUACUCAAAGAAUAUUUGGAUGAUUUUACCUACAAGACCAUGUCGCAUGUGGAAAGGGAUAUGGAGAUUGAUCGACCAGGAGUAUCAAAACACAUAUACGAUUCUGAAGUAUUCAAAAGUUUCAUAUGGACUUUCUCCAAGGAUGCACAAAUUUCCCUUAGCGCCAAACCGAGAAUCGGGGAACAAAAUCUACACAAUGAAAUUGAGUUCCCCUUGAUGAAAAUGUUAUUAUCCCUACCACCAUCGGUAAUACUCUACAGUUCUGCUCUAAGGGGUCUAUGGCUGAACUAUGAUCACCUAAGUGACUACUGUCCAAGUUUUAAUUUAAAGAAACCCCGAUCGCCGCAUAUAAAUAUGUUACACCAAACAAAAAGAGAAUGGCGAAAACGCAAAGAGAUCCUGCAAAAUAUGUUGGAUGAAUGUUCGAAAGAAAUUCCGCUGCAUGAAUUGGAACAAUAUGAACAGGAGGGUGCGAAUCAAAAGUCAAGGGAGAAAAAUCUCGAUGUGGAUAAAUUGUAUUUGGAAUAUGAAGAUGAACUGAAUAAGCUGAGACGCAAAGCAAUUGGUCCGGAAAGUUUUGGCCUCUUAGAUACUGAUGUUAACUUGAGGAAAUAUCGCAUCAUUGGUGGUGUCUAUUGUUUGGAUUAUUUGGAAACACCGCAGCAGGAUAAGCAGUUGAAUUCAAGGUCCUUUAUAAGGACGAUUUUAGCCCCAAACAAGCUCUCCCACAAGGUGUAUUAUCAGACCUAUAAACCUCCACCACCUCCUUUGCCGGGCGUUAGACGAUUGCCGGAAGAAAUUGAGGCUGAGAUGCGAAUGGUGGAGGCAGCUUUGGAUAAAUUAGCCUUGGUUACAGUGGACUUACCCGACAGUGUUAUAUGGUUCGAACCCCCUAUAGCAUGUCGCUGGGAAACCCAAAUAGAAACUCUCGAAGCCGAUUUAAUGGACGGUGCAAAACCAACAACAAACAGUAACAACACCACCGAGGCAACACCUAUUUCGACAACAACAAAUGCCAGCCCUCUUAAAAGCCUGUCACCCCGUUUCCCCUUAUCGAAGUUAGGCAAGAAGAGUUCACAAAAAUCUGCUGUCGGUGCCAGCGGCAAUCUACCCGUGAGAGAAAUUACCGACUUCGAUAUGUUUAAUAUUCCCAGUGAUAUCGAUAUUUAUGGUUUGGUAAAAGAUUUCAUUGUACCUCGAAUACCACAAGGAUUUUGUGUUCGAUUCGAUACCGAACGCCUUAAACAAUUCCAACAGCAACAACGUAAGGCGCAUAAGCAUAACAAGCGAUGGAAACAGCCAAGGCGUCUGCUGUAUUUGGCUAAGCCGAAAAAUGUAACAUUUACACCAAUUCCCAUUAGGUCGGUGGCCACCACAACCACCACCAACCACGGAACCUCAAAGAGCUCUUGUUCCAGUAGCUUUGAUAAUGAUAUGGCUGAGGAAAAAAUGGUUGUGGUUGUGAUGGAAGAAACAACAACACCAGCAACAGUAACCGGCACCAAUGGCAAUGCUGCAAAAGCUCAACGCACAUUGGAAAAUCUACUGCAAAGAUCUCGCAUUACUGAGGAUUUUCUAGAUUUGGAUGAGCCUCGGGAAUUCUUUCCAACCGCAGCAGCAGCAGCGACACCAAUCACCAUUGACGACAAUGACAAACACAGAGUGGCAGAUACAUUGGAUUUAAAACAAAAACGUAGUCCUAGCGACACAUCCUCUAAGGAUGAGAAAACCAAAGCUGUCAGUCGUAAUAGCAGUAAGGGUAGCUUAGCAAGUGACAAGAGUUCACAGAGUAAACGUAGCGUUAAUUCAGUGGGUAGUGAAGUAUCCAGGCGAUCGUCAUCGAACCAGAGUGAUUCAAAGGAAACGGAAGAGGAUAAGGAGUUAACUUCGUAUAUGUUUUCACAAUUAAUAGAG